UAAAUUCGUUAAUUUUUACAAUUUGGCAUUUAUAGGCAGUUACUCGCAAGCGACGACACUCGGCAUCACAAAAUUAUUUCCACGCGCAACUGAAUAAUAGCAUAGGCCCAGCUGCUGGCAAUAGCAGCGGUGGCAACGCGUCACUUAUGCAGAACAAUAACAACAAUGAAAUCGCCGAUUUAAAUAACUAUGUGUUGAAGUCGUCGUCGUCGUCGAAUGCCAAUGAGUUGAGUUUUAAAAAUUUGCUUAACGUUUCGCUGCGUUUUGGUGCCGCUGCGGCUGCUGCCGUUGCCGCUUCUCAUGCCAAGAAAGGCUCCGAUUAUGGCAGCAGAAAUAUUUGUGGCGCAGAUAUUGCAUAUGGUUGCGAUGCAACUGCAGCGGCUGCAAGAAAUCAUACGAUCAUUACCUGCAAAUACCACUUGACUGCAAUCGAACCGCUGUCAAUGCACAAUGAUGACGAUGGUAUCGAUGAUGUUGGUUUAUUUGGUAGUGGUAACAAUGGCAGUGGCAUCACAGCGGCACCGCUUUCGUGCCUCAUCGACAAGAACCAAUCCAUAUUGAAGCAUGUAACCAUGGUGUCCCGACCGUUGACGCGUUAAAAUCAUCUUCAUAGGCUGUCUCAGUAACUAAACAAAAAAAAAGGUUUUCGUCAUUUUCUUGCAGGUGCUUGGAAUUUGGAUCUUGUUGAGUGGAUCGGCAGUUAGCGUGGAAGAAUAAAAGCUCAAUCACUUUCUGAAAUAAAAUACUUCGGUAGCAGCAACUACAGCAAUUCACAUGGACUAAGCAAAUAAAAUCUGUCGAUCAGACGGCGGCGCACAUUAAAUGGUGUGCGCCGACGGUGUACUAAAAGCAAAAAAAAAAAAAACUCCAAUAUAUAUAGUAUAUAUGUAUACACAUAUAUACAUAUAUACGAGAGAUAAUUCAUGUUAAUUUUCGUAAAUUUAGUUACAUAGAACAGCAACUAGUAGCUUAUCGUUUAUGUGUAUAAAUUUAUUUAAUGCCUUACUUAGUUUCUUUGACUUUUUUUUUUUUAUAAAUGUUGUAAAAUAUUCAUAUACAUACUACUCUCAAACAUAUAAGGAAUCGCUUUUUGUAAGCAAUUAAAUAUAUACAUACACGCAAGCACACAUAGAUACGGGAACCCACUAAAAAUACUUACGUAUGUACAUACAUUUGUUCGAACUAUGUGUAGUAACGAUAUCAAGCAUUACAACUAUAUAUAACUUUUGACUUCAAUUUACUUUCGUUGGCGAUAUCUUUGCUUUAUCUUUUUUUUUGACCCCAUCAGCAUCUAAUAAUCUAUUUCUUUUCACAAAAUUUAAACAUUAAAAGCCCUUAAAAAGUUGAAUGCAACAAAAAAAAAAA